AUGGCAGGAAGGCAAGGAUAUGAUGUGGUCGUCGAUGUGGAUGCGGAGGGAGAUCUCGGCCAUACCGACCUGAACGACGACCUGGAAUUCCACAACUCGACUUUCGACCAAACCCCCUCAGGCGGCCGCAACAAGCCCCUUCCCCCAGACCAAACCUCCUUCCUCCCCACCCCGAACACCAGCUCCCGCGGCGGUCCCCAAAGCAACUCAAAACGCUACCUCUGGUCCCUAUCUUUCUACCAACAAUUCUUCGAUGUGGACACCUCCCAAAUCCUGCACCGCAGCCGCAGCGCUCUCUUUCCCAAGCAGAAUUUCCUCGACAUCCUAGAAGGAAACCCGGACCUCUAUGGUCCCUUCUGGAUAGCUACAACCGUUGUGGUGAUACUUUUCUUGACAGGGACGAUAAGCUCCUAUCUUGCGAGCACGGGAAAGGGGCAUUUUGCUUACGAUUUUAAGUUGUUGUCUGGGGCGGCGGGGUUGGUGUAUGGGUAUACUGCUUUCAUACCUCUUGGAUUGUGGGCGAUUCUGAAGUGGAGGGGAAGUGAAGGGGCAAAUUUGAUGGAGUGUUUGUGUCUUUAUGGGUAUGGGAAUUUGAUUUGGGUGGUUGUUGCGCUCGUUAGUUGGAGUCCGCUUACUGCUCUUAACUAUGCGUUUGUGGGCGUGGGAUUUGCACUCUCUGCUACGUUCCUGUUUCGGAAUCUAUACCCAGUCGUCUCAGCAACAGACGCAAAGACUUCCCGCGCUCUACUCAUUGUGGUUCUGGCGCUCCACGCAGGCUUUGCCAUUGCGAUCAAAGUCCUUUUCUUCGCCCAUAACAGCCCAGCUGUGAAAGGAGGCAAGGAGGCUUCAGGUGGCAAGAUGGAUCCUGCUGGUGACGCGGGCGAGACUGUGGCUACGCUUCUCGGCUUCUAG